AUGCCAGACGUUGUAUCUAAAGAAAAGAAGCAGCCUUGGAAGGCCUUUGAGAGCAGUUUUGGUCGUGAUGGAAAGAGUCCUAUUACGUACGAUGCACCAAAGGGUUCCAAGCUCGAGAUUGCCGGGACUUCGGGAGAAUUGAGCCUGGACAUUCUCUAUGACACGGGAGACUACAAAGACUCUGCUCCAAACACUGAUAAUGGUGGAAAGUGA